AUGCUGUUAGGUGGGGUGUUGGCAAUUUGCUUUGUCUCUAACGUUUUUUGACAUUGUGGUUACCAUGGGUUUUGUUUUAUUGUUGUUUAACUUGGCGGCUGUAAGAAGUUAUUUUUGUAAAAGUUGCGUUAGAGAUUGACCACGUUCUCUACUCCAAUAUUAAUAAAACAUUGGGACCAAAUUAAAAAAUUUUGGUAUUAUACUGUCUUAUUGAACCUUGUCAGCUGACGGACCUGCUGACAUUACUUAUACAUUCCUUAUUUACAUAUAAAUUACCUUAUCGUACCAUAUUAUACUUUACACCUGACUCAAGGCGAACAUUUCGACCCCUUCUUUCCCAUUUUUAAAAUUCAUUGUCAAUUGAUAAGCGAUUUUUCGAGAAUAAACGAGCAUUCCGUUAAUAAUAUCACCAACCUUCUGCAGGUCAAAACAAGAUUGAUUGACGUCUUUGCCAAACCAUAAGAAAACGUUUCUCGGCUGACUUCGUAAAUUGGCAGCCGAAGACAUUUUGCAACUGUAUUUUUAUGUAAUACACCACGCUUCACGGUGUAUUCACUCUGACGAACCAUAACAGCCGUACGUGAACGCCCGUCUUGGGCGCCCAACCUACAGUACCAACGUGCUCGUUCCGUUUCGGAGCCGGAGAUUGUACGCCAAAAACGCGCACAAUUGUACAGAAUCUGGGGAUUGAAGCGCGCUUCGUGCUACGAAGAACCAAUCAUUAAUCUACCGGUAUCAUCACGAAGCCUGGCCUCAAACUUUGGCCAAUUCUUGAGCACCUCGACGUGCCUCUCUUCCACUCACAGUCAACCGUGUGUUAGCAAAGGAGUCAAAAUUGUAACCGAAGAGAACUGUAACCUCACAAACGGUGAUUACUUGCCCACUGUAAACAAUACUCUUGACUCAUCUCAACCGGUAACACCAAAUUUAGAAGUUAGACAAGAAAUUGCGCCAAAGCUUCAUACUUCCAAAACCAAUUUUACCGAUCUACAAGCAUUAGAAAACGUUAGAAGAGCUUCAGAAUCUGUGAAGAAAGACAGAAGAGCAUCAGAAUCGCAUAAAAGUUUAGCUGAUUCGAACGAAGACCGGGUAAAUAACAAUCAACGCGGGUCCGAGGGCCACAAACGUGUAUUAUUAAGCAUAACCGGUCAAAAAGUACAGCCCAAAAAAGUUUCGGCCGAGACUUUAGAAGCGCUGAACGCUAAAACCCGAGCCAAACUCGAAGGUCAACAAAGGGAUAAAGUUCAACCAAACACAACCACAGUUCGACUACCCACCGACUGUUCCACCACGACCGUCAACUGUACCACUCAAGCACAGGCCGACUCGCAAAAGUCUAGCCAAAGCGUUAAGUCGCAACCGCAGAAGUCGCAAACCAUGUCGGCCGCACGUCAAGUCGGUGGACUUUUAGCCACGGCCGCACCCCAACUCCGACCGUUGGUGAACCCCGCCUACUCGCAGUGGUAUCAACCGUGCGCGAUGCAUCAAUUCGGGUUUCUGAACGAGUCCACCUCUUCCUCCCCGACCACCUCCAUGUUCGAGAGCGACAACGAACCGCUGUCGCCGUUGCCGCAACGCAAAAAUGUACGGCCGUUUUUUGAGAUCGGUUUUUUGGGUUUACUUUGGUAUUAUUGGGUAUGAUAAUAUGUUAGAUAGGUUAUUGUGAGUUUUGAUAUUGUUGUUUCUGACCUUUCAAGUUUUCUUUUCAAGAUCAUAUGAUCGGAUCAAUCGUUUUAAUGUUUCAAUGAUUUCAGUCUAUGAGCAACUUUGAAGUCCUAAGGCCUCUCUAAAGUAAUUAAAACUCAACAACCAAAGAAAAAACUAGGAGUGUUGAAAAGGUAUAGGAGAAGAAAAAACUAAUAAAAAAGUUGAGAAAAGUAAAAGUAUAACACUUUUCACAACUUUACAACAACGUUUUUUGUUGUGAAAGAGUUUUUUGUUGCUAUUUAUCAACUCUUCACCAGCUAUGGUUAAAAAUAACAGUGUAAAACGGGGAGAAAUUAGUCGAGAAGAGAGUAAAAGGUAGUCAAGAACUUGAAGUAAAAGAGAAAAAGUGGUAGGAAAACUGGUGAAAGACUAAAAUAACGUUUGAAGAAGCUGUAAAGACCCUUGCAUAACAAAAUUUUAUACCUAGAAAUUAGAAAAAGAUUCUUAGUUGUAAUAUUAGGCACAGAAGAUCUAUUAUAACUUAUAUUAACGUAGGGUAGUGGAUUGUAUUACGUUUUAGCUCAAGUAAUAUAACCCUAAUCAAUCCAAUUCCAGAACACAGCACAACUCGAUGAUUUUGAUAGGAUCAAAACCCUCGGCACGGGAUCGUUCGGCCGUGUCAUGCUGGUCAAGCACAAGGCCACCGACGCCUACUACGCGAUGAAGAUUUUGGACAAACAAAAAGUCGUCAAACUAAAGCAAGUUGAACACACACUCAACGAGAAACGAAUUCUACAAGCCAUCGACUUCCCCUUCUUGGUGAACAUGCAGUAUUCUUUCAAAGUAAGUUAGUAUCGAGUAGUGGUAGAGAGCUUUGUUGGAUUUUUGAAAGGUUUUGGGUCUUUUCAUACCUAAAAUUAUAUUAUCUAUGAAAAGCCUUAAUUUUUUGACCAGGAACCUGAUUUUGAUAAACAACUUCUGCUUGUAAAAGCUGUAGAAGCUCGCAAACAUCGAUUUGAUAUCUAAAAUUAUAUUAUCCAUGAAAAUACUUACCUUUUUGACCCUGAAUCUUAUUUUGAUGAACCAUUUAUGACCGUAGAAGCUGUAGAAGCUCGCAAACAACAAGUUAAUACCUAAAAUUAUAUUACCAAUAAAACAACUUAACUUUCAACCCAAAACACAUCUUUUUGUUCAAGUUUUGGCCAGCACAAACUCCAUUUAGUCACAAACAUCAAGUUAAUACCUAAAACAACAUCGCAAAACCUCAAUAAAACAAAAACCAUACCUAGAUUAGUUUCUUGAACUUAAAACGACAGCUGAAGAUUAAAAUAUAAUCCAAUUUACAUCUAAAUAAUUCAAUCUCAAGGCAGUUUUCACUAGCUAAUUCAAUCUAAAAGUGUUUUACCUAUACCUACAUCAAAUUAACUUAUAAAUAAGAAAGUAGGUCGUUAACUUAUUUUAUUUUACUUUCAGGACAACUCAAAUCUGUACAUGGUACUGGAGUUCAUCAGCGGUGGAGAGAUGUUCUCGCAUUUGCGUCGUAUCGGCCGCUUCAGCGAACCUCAUUCACGCUUCUAUGCUGCCCAAAUCGUGCUGGCCUUUGAAUACCUGCACUCGCUCGACCUUAUUUAUCGUGAUUUGAAGCCGGAGAACUUGCUAAUCGACAACAACGGAUACUUAAAGGUAACUUUGUUUAAACUUUUACUGAAUAUUAAAAAGAACCUUGCAAAAAUCUCUAGAAUGUUCAAAAGGAUAUUAUCCUUGGUUAAUUUUGGAAAAUCUUUAAUUUCAGUCCAAAAAAGACAAUUUUAAAAGCCAACAUUAAUAUGAAAAGCUAAUAAAAUCCAUGGUCCUGCUUUUCUUAACUUCAUCCAAGCCAUCAAUAUCCGUUUUGUUACCUGAAAACCAAAAAACGAAGGAACAUAACUUACCUUGACGAUAUUAUCCAUGAUAAACCUUAAAAAUUAAAUAAAAAGGAGGUUUCUUAAAAGUUAGCGGUAAAAUCUAGUAGAAAAGCUUGUUCUUACUGCCAAGAACAAUAAUAAAGUUGAGAGACGAAAUGUCUACUUUAUUAUUUGAUUUUUGGGCGAAGUGUCAACUUUUUAUUGGAUUUUUGUUUAUGAUCUAUAUUUUUAGUUUUUUAAAUCUAGUAUAGGUCUUAAAAUGUGAUUUUUUAAAAAUUUUAGCAAUCCCUCUACAUUUUAUUACCUAAAAGCACUCAAAACCUAUGUUAACUAUGCCCUUUUCCAGAUAACCGACUUCGGUUUCGCGAAGCGCGUGAAGGGCCGCACGUGGACGUUGUGUGGUACUCCCGAAUACCUGGCCCCGGAAAUCAUCCUCUCCAAGGGCUACAACAAGGCCGUGGAUUGGUGGGCGUUGGGAGUACUGAUCUACGAAAUGGCCGCCGGCUAUCCGCCAUUCUUUGCCGAUCAACCGAUUCAAAUCUACGAGAAGAUUGUGUCGGGCAAAGUCAAGUUCCCGUCGCAUUUCACGAACGAGUUGAAGGAUUUGUUGAAGAAUUUGCUGCAGGUGGAUUUGACCAAGCGCUACGGUAAUUUGAAGAAUGGUGUAGCUGAUAUUAAGAAUCAUCGUUGGUUCUCGUCGACCGACUGGAUUGCGAUAUACCAAAGAAGGGUAGGUUAAUGUUUUUUUGACUAAAAAAUUUUUUUUUGUUGAAAAAUUUUUUUUUUGUAAUUUUACAGUACUUUUUAAUUUUUCGUACUGUGUAGUACGAUGCUAUACAGUACGUUACUAUAUAGUACUUUACUAUAAAACACAAUACUACAUAGUGUGGUAUUGUAUAUAACGAUGCUAUAUAGUCUGGUACUGCAUAGCACUAUAUGUACUAUAUAGUACCCCGUACUAAAUUUGAGUACUGUAACUUUCAUAUCAAAAAAAAAUGAUUUACAGUACCAUACUGUAUUUUUGUUACCUAAAAAUUUUUUUGUAAAAUACGACUGUUUGCAUACAUUGUAUUAUUAGAGUAGAGCAUGUUAACAUGCUAUUUAGAAUAGUGAUUACUGAUGAUAAUUGGUGGUAGUUAACUUUUUUAACUAUUGUUUUGUUUUGGCUUUGGAAUUUUAACGCUCUGUACAUUGUGCUGUUUGCUGUGCUGUUUGCUGUGCUGUUUGCUGUGCUGUGAUCUAUCUUACACAAUAUUUCUUGAAUUUUCAAUUUUUUUGAUUUUGAAAUUUUUAAAUUUUUGAAAAAUUGAAAUUUUUGGCAUUUAUAUUAUCGAAGCUUGAAAAAUCUUAGUUUUGUCACUUUAGGCUUGUUUUUAAGCCUAAAAAUCGAAAAUGAUGAUUUUAUAUCGUAUGUUUGUUAUGUUAUUCAUCAUUAUUUUUUUCUCUUUGGCUUAUCAUUUUGCAUUUUCAUAUUAAAACUUUUUUCUAUUCUUUCUAUCAGUACGAUGCUAUUAUAACCUUCAUGUAGCACUGGUACUUCUUUUUACGACUGGUACUUCUUUCUAAGAAUUGUAAAAUUGUGGUACUCUAAUACUGUCGUUAAGUAUAAGAAUCCUAUUGAAGUUUAUGUUUUCUUCUGCUGUAACCUUUGGUCGAAUAUCCAUACAUUUAAUCAUUAUUUGGUACUGGAAACGUCCCGAAACUGUCUAAUUUAUAUGGUGCAUUACAAGGUAUGUAAUUUCUGUCUUGUCAUAAUUUCGUUUGUCUUGUAUGUCAAUACCAUAUACCUCAGUGCUGAACUCCCCUAUUCGUUGCUAGGUAAGAGAAUGAUGUUUAUAAAUAAAAGUAUUGUAGGUAACUUUAUCAAUAUUAUAGAUUAAGCUGAUUAAGCACUUUAGUUUUUAAAAUAGCUACAUUGCAUUUAAAUAUGAUAGUUAUAGAAGAUUAAAAAUACUGUAACAUAGUAGAAAAAUUAAGAAAUUAGUGUUACUAAGGCUUAGUCAAGUGCGGUUGAACAGUAAGAUUAUGUGUAUUCAACCUUUGGUAAUAGACAAAAUUUCAAAAAAACUUGUGCAUGGUGCUGGGCUAUCCUUUUCUUUAACGUGGUAGUACUAUUAUGAAUAUUUACUAUUAUGAAUAGUUCUAUUUAUUAAUGCGUAUGCACUCUUUCGAUUAGUUUUUGUUUCCGGCGUUUCGUAGGUAGUGAGACUAAGAGUACGUUCAAAAAGAUUAGGGGAACCAAAAAAAAAGUCUUGUCGUGAAAACCAAUGUAUCUUCACUGACUAAAAACGACAAAACUUUUUUGAAAAGCUAGGGUUAGAACUGGGGCUAGAACUAGAGCUAGGACUAAAACUAGGGCUAGAGCUAGGACUAGAACUAAACUAAAACUAGAACUAGAAUUAGAACUAGAACUAGAGCUAGCACUAGAACUAGAAUUAGAACUAGAGCUAGAACUACAAUUAGAACUAGAACUAGUGCCAGGGCUAGGGUUAAGGCUAGAGCUAGAGGCAGGAUUAAAGCUAGAGCUAAGUUUUAGACUUAAGGUAAGGUUUGAAUACUUAACAUAGCUUUAGGUUAGGUCCCAAAAGUUCAAAGAGGCUAAACUCAAGUUCAAAACGUUAAAAUAGGCAUAAGACCCGAAUUUGUUACCUAAUCUGACCUCUCUUUCUAUUUCUACAGAUCAUUCCACCCAGUUUUUCUAACAAGGCCGAGAAUGGAGCCCGCAUCUUCGAGGCCUUGUAUCCGAAGGUCAGUGGCCCGGAUGAUACUCGACACUUUGUGGAACAAUGUACUGACGAGGAUGUUGUUGAAGACCCUAAGGCACCGGAUCCACAUGCUUCGGCUUUCCGCGACUUUUAGGAUUUCUCUUUAUGGUCUAUGUACUUGAACUCAAUUUUUUCUUUUUUUUUCUUCUUAUGGUCUGUACCCAGUGUUUUGCCGGACCGAAACAGAAAUUUUUACGGACCGGACCGGACCCAAAGACCUGCGGACCCGGACCGAAGAAAAAGCUCCGGACCGGUCCGGAAGAAAAUUUUUUUUUAUUUUAAGAAAACUGCUUUAAAAAUUGCAAAUAAACAUAUUUUUAGGAGUUUUUAAGCAAAAAAGAAAGCAGUUUUAGCGAUCUUUGCUUUUUUUUAAAAAUUAAAAAAAAUUUUUUUUGCGGACCGGACCGGACCCAAAAAUUUGAAGUUUGGACCGGACCGGACCCAAAAAAUCGCCGGACCGGUCCGGGCAAAACACUGUCUGUACCAUUUGUUCUAGUCGAUAGUACCAGUCUGCACUAGUCACAAAAUUGUUUUUUGUUUUUUUACACUUUGGCUUAUUUUUACGUUUUUCUUACUCUAUACUAUAUUUUUACUAUAAUAUCUUUUAUCAUCUUUUGGAUUACUGUAUCUAAACUUACUAUCACUUCUUGGGUCAUACUGUAACUUUUUUCCAAAUUUUUCAAAUUUUUUUAAAUUUGACAUGAAUUGUUGUUCUUUUCAUCACAUGUUUUAUUUUUUUUACUUUACUUUGGUAUACGGGUCUACUGUAUACUUUUCUCUUCCUUACCGUAACCUCCGGCGGCUCAAAAUUUUUUUUUCAUUUUUUUAAAAACUAUCAAAUUAUCAUUUCUAAAACUGAAACUACUAGCAUUAAACUCUCUUUUUCACUCCAAAAACCAUGUCAAACAGCUAUCUACAUCAAUAUAAUACCAAAGUUGUAAUUAUCAACUUGUCUACUACAAUAUCAUCAGCCCCGUCCUAAAAUCAUAACUCUACAUUCCGGUAAUAUUUACUGUCAAUUGGUCUAUUAUCGGUUACUGCUCUUUGUUUUUUGUACCACUUUUACAUUUUCUCACCGCUUUCUUCAUUUUUCACUAUUUGGAUGUUAUAGUAGGCUACUAUAAUACCCGAGUAGUGAGGUUAUUGUGAUUUGCUGUGUUUAACUAAGACUUGAUGAAUAAUUAAAGUAAAGUACAUUAUUUUUGUGUUUUUGAAUAAUUUUUAACUAUUUUGUUAUUAUUUGUGUGGUUUGUGAUGAUUUCGAAAAUUUGAAUUUUGUAUUUGGCGCCAAAAAAUUUAAACCUUGGCAUUGUGUUUUAAUAUGUAAAAACGCUUUUUUAGUACUCACAUUGUGCUUACAUUCAGUUUUAGGUUUUAGUUUUUACGCUUUUAAUGUUUUUUGGAAUUAAAAAUUUGAAUUUUGGAUUUGGCGCCAAGGCUUGGCUUUGUGUUUAACAUGCCAGGCGUAUUUUAAGAAUAAAAGUUAUACUGUUGAAUAAAAACAUGAUUUUAUAAUUAGAAAUGACAUUUUUGAUGCUUGCAACACAAUGCCAAUAAAUUUUACUUUGGCGCGGAGACUAAAAUUCAAAUUUUUUAUUGUAAUUUUGGGUGUAUAACAAUAACUAACCUACUAUUGAUGUUAAAAUAGAUAGUAAUAAUGAAUUUUGAUCAAUUUAAAAAUUUAUUUUUAAUUUUGAAAUUUUAAAAAAUAUUUGAAUUUCUUCCAGGUCGAUGCGCCAUUCUUGCCCAAAUGCCGUGGCCCCGGCGACGCCUCCAACUUUGACGACUACGAGGAGGAGCCGUUGCGAAUCAGCGGCACGGAACGGUGUGCACGCGAAUUCGCCGAAUUUUAG